AUGCCAGCAGGAACCUUCGCAAAAUUUCUUCCGAUGGUCCCUCCCCUCUGGACUUCUAAAGUGCCCGCUUCAGAGUGUCAAGAAAGCAUUCCGCUUGGCCGUUCGACUGUGGAUGAAACGGCUGUGAGCGUGUAUGCGUUAUGCCAUACGACAAAAGUGUGCAAACGCCGACGACGUAAACUGGCUGCCGUUGUCGGAUACAAUAGUCUCUGGCGUCCCAAAACGACUGAACAAUCGCCGGAGUUCCAGGCCUGUAAUGACGGUUGUGGGGCUGUUCAACGGAAAAAUUUCCGGCCAUUUGCUCAUGCGGACACAAUCGUAGCCCAGGACCUCGACAGCAGAAGCCGCAAACUUGACGGAAGCAAACCGAAAAAUCUCAUGUACACCCAGUUGCCCAUCCGGAUCGCGAGCGACGCGGGUGCCUACAUAAACACGGAAAAAGACGACUGCAGCCAAAUAAGCCAUGUGGGAUUCGCCGAAUCAGGGAAAAGGCUGGUGCGAGGCCCAUGGGUGCGACAUCAGAAGAAUAAGUUCUCGGUAUUGCCACUCAGCGCACGGGGCAUCACGGAGACAUCUUUUCCUUUGAAAAGCGCAAAAGUGACCAAAAAACUAAACAUACGAAUUCUUGUAUCUAACUCUCGAUCAUCAACAUAUGAGGCCUCCCAAAAAUUGGAAAUAAAAGAGCUACAAGUAGCAACGUCCGAAAUUUCCAUAUACGGGGUAAAACCUCGGCCCCAUUGGUUGAAAGCUUGCGUAAACUGA